AUGGCGUUGUCUGGUCGCAAGACGCCAAGGAGACUUCAAUCAGAUCGGUUGCCACUUGAGACCGCGACCGAGAACGCGGCCAGUCUGCAGCUACAAAUAAAGGCACUCAACUUGGAGGCCCUGGCUCAAGACAUAGUCUUUUUUGAACCUGUUGACUCAUACAUCACGCAGGGCGAUAUCGAGUUUGGGCUGCCCAGAACACACGCGGAGAAGGAGUACACCGAGCAUAGACUUCAGGAGGUGGUCGCAGACUGGCUGCAGUGUGCCUAUGAGACCGAGAUGCAGCUAGAGCUGAAUCUUUAG